AAUGAAUAACCACAGCCGAACGUGAAAUUGUACGUGACAUUAAAGAAAAAUUGUGCUAUGUUGCACUCGAUUUCGAACAAGAAAUGGCAACAGCUGCCUCCAGCUCAUCAUUGGAGAAGUCCUAUGAAUUACCCGAUGGACAAGUCAUCACCAUUGGUAAUGAACGUUUCCGUUGCCCAGAAGCCCUAUUCCAACCAUCAUUCUUGGGUAUGGAAGCUUGCGGUAUUCAUGAAACCACUUACAAUCCCAUCCUCGUCGCCAACUGUUAAUUUGUGUUUUUACAA